AUGUGCCAGAAUGCACAAUGUCAAAGCGCGUGUUGUGACUACGAAACGACAUCAACAUCAACAACGAAUACAACAACUGCAACGACUACAAUAACUGCAACAACUACAACAACUGCAGCAACUACAGCAACUACAACGACUACAACUACAAUUGACGGUCAAGGAAUACUACUAUCGACUUUAUCGUAUUCAAUUCGUCCACCGAUUGAUGAAUGUGAAUGGUAUUUGUUAUCCAAGCGUCGUCCCUGCUAA